AUGGGGGGUGAAGAUGAGAUAUAUGAUGAUGUGGAGCCUGCUGGGCUCAUCAGGAGAGCCCAAGGAUUCCCACUGUCCUCCACGUGCCAGGCACCAGCAACUCCCUGCCCCAGAGGAGGUGGAGACGCCGGUCGAGCCUCCAAUGGGUUUGCCUUGCUGGCGGCUGCACAGAGAGAAGCCCAGGUCCCCCGGAAGAUGAAGCCAAUGACACUCAAGGAAUGCAAGAAGGAAGAGAAGGCAGACAGGGAGUUUCAGAAGAGAUUCAAGUUUGAAGGAAGCAUCAAUGUCCUGACUCAGAUGAUGGUGGACCCUGCGGUGACAGAGAAAAGGGGCGGAGGGAAGAACCUGCCGCUGAGACGAGGAGAGAUUCUCGAUGUUCUUCAGUUUACAAACCAGGAGCAAAUCCUCUGCAGGAACAGCCAGAGGAGGUAUGGCUACGUGCCCCGGGCUGUGAUGCUACACCUGGACACUGACAUCUAUGAUGAUGUUGAGAUUUACGGGUGAGGAUCCAUGGCUAAAACCAAAGGCACAAGACACCAUCAACAGAGACCUCCCCAAGGGUCAAAACAUGAUCCAGGUCACACCUUCUCUGUCACUUUGUUUUGUCUGUG